CCGGACUUGGACAUUGCUUCAAUCCACAUCCUCGUCACACGUCCACGACAACCGUUGCACAUACCUGCUGUUCGCUGAUUGAAUGCGCCCGUGUCAAUAGCACAACCCACAUCUGUCAUUACUAACUCAUCUAUAGCAAUAGCUGUCUGCACUAGUCAUGGCAGAACCUCAAGGCCAAACUCCCACAGCCGAUGCCGCGACGGCGCUUGAGCGCGACGACCCGCAAGAGGCGACUACUGCCGCAUCAACCACCUCGCAGCCGGAGAGAUCUCCAUCUCAAGAAGGUUCUGAAGAAGGCGAGAUGCCCGACACCGAAAGUCCCUCUGCGACUGGUGAUGCGCCACCACUGCCUGACGAGCCAUUGCCUGGUGAUGCACCGCCUCUCCCUGACGAGCCUUUACCAGCUCAGACCGACGAGGACGAUGGCUGGUCAGCUCAACUAGACCCUUCCUCUGGCUGCUGGUAUUUCCUCAACCGCUUUACUGGACUGUCGCAAUGGGAGAACCCGCGAAUGCCCACUACGGUUCCAAGCCAGCAAUACGCCCCUGGUACUGGUCCAACUUCGCGUGCCCCUGGCACAUCUGAAAUUGUCGCAGCGCCUCCUUCACCACCAAGAGAACCAUAUCUGGGCUACAAUCCAAAGAUACAUGGCGACUUCGACCCCAACGCAGAUUACGCAAAGUGGCAUCAGGAACAUCAAACAGAAGAGUGGGCCGCCUCAGAAGCUGCCCUGGCACAACAACCUACGACAGCAUUUGAGCAGGCUGGCACUUUCAACCGCUUCACCGGAGCUUUCCAAGCUGCCGACAAGAGUGCCGAAAAUCACAAUGACGAGAACAAGUCAAAGCGCCAGUUGAAUGCCUUCUUUGACGUAGAUCGCGCCGCCAAUGCUCAUGAGGGUCGAUCCCUCAAGGCAGAGCGCGCGAACCAAAAGUUGAGCAAGAAGCAAGUCAAGGCAUUCAACGAGCAACGACGUGCCAAGAAGGAGCAAAAGCGCCGCGACUUUCUCAUGAAAGUCUACUGUGCUUCGUUUCGUCCAAAGCAGCUGCUACGGGUGGAGGACAGUUGCAGUCGUUAA